UGGACCGAGUAGGCUGUUCACCACCAUUCAUAAGUCUCGUCUUUCUUUUGGAAACAUGGCCGGACCUCCAGUCAUCAUAUGGGAGCAUGAAGUGAAGCAGCUGUUGCGUUACAAGGAGCUGAUCCCGCGUCUGGAGGUCGCUUUGGGGAAAUUCUCAAAACGGGACAGCGCGGAGGUGAUCCAGCCUGUGCGCACCACCGUGCCCCUGCAGAAACACAGCGGGUUCCUGGGAGUGAUGCCUACAUACAUGGAGAAUGAUGGAGUCCUGUGCUCAAAGCUGGUGUGUUUCUACAAGAGGGAGGAUGGUUCAACUUUGCCAGCCACUCAAGCCACAGUGCUGCUGCUGGACCCAGAGUAUGGGAAUGUCAAGGCUGUCAUGGAUGGAGACGUCAUCACAGCCAUGAGGACAGCUGCAGUCUCGGCCAUCUCUGCUAAGAUGUUGAUGCCUCCUGGAGCAGAAGUUCUGGCCAUCCUGGGUGCAGGCCACCAGGCGCUGAGUCAUUACAAUGUCUUCACUGAAAUCUUUUCUUUUAAAGAGGUACGUGUGUGGAGCAACAGAAAACAGAGCGCGGAGAAGUUUAGCCAGUCUGUUAGUGGCCCUGUGAUGGUGUGCGGCUCAGUGGAGGAGGCGGUGAGGGGAGCGGACGCUAUAGUGACAGUAACCAGAGCAACGGAGCCUGUGCUCUUUGGUCAGUGGGUCAAACCGGGAGCCCAUGUGGCAGCUGUGGGAGCCUGCAGGCCAAACUGGCGAGAGCUGGACGACUCAUUGAUGAAGGAGGCGGUGGUGUACACUGACAGCAGGGAGGGAGCAAUGGCCGAGUCGGGUGACGUCAUCCUCUCUGGGGCGGAGGUGUUUGCAGAGCUUGGAGAUGUUGUUAACGGGACAAAACCUGCACACAGAGAGAAAACCACUGUGUUCAAGUCCCUCGGAAUGGGAGUUGAAGAUGCAGUGUCUGCUCAGCUGGUAUUUGAUCAAUGGAAAGCCAAAGCCAGCAAACCAUGACCAUGACCAAGCUGGAUCAAGAUCAAGACAAUAUCACAAGGGAUGGCAAAUAAUACAUUUCACUCCAAAUUUCCUAGUUAAGUUUAGAACUGCAACAAUUCAUUGAAUUUUUUUUUGUGUCUUACAUAACAGUGAUUUGAACACUGAAAAUUAUGAUGGGCAUUUUUUUUUACUCUUUUAUAGACCAAGCCAUUAAUCAAUUAAGAAAAUAACUCAGAUUAAUCAGAAAUUAAAAUAAUCUCAGGUUUUUUAGUUUUUUGAGAACUUUGAUAAUUGAUUUGUUGAAGCAGUUUUUUAAAAAGGGACUUAAAGUUGACAGUCUAUUGAACUUGAAAUAAAAGCUAACAUGCUCACAAUGACAGUGCCUUAUAUGCUUUUGCAAGUCUUAAUAUAUUUACCAUUUUGGUUUAGUGUGUUGUCAUGUUAACAUUCGCCAACUGGCAUAAAACACUAGUAUGUAUAACGUAAGAAUAAAUGUCAGUGUCUUAAGUUUUGCUAGUAUUUGGAAUAAACUGAUGUAUUGGACAAUC